AUGUCUGACUCAAACCAUCUCACAUACCUCCCUUAUAUCCUCGACGCUGCCACUUGUGCCAUCGGCUCUCUCCUCAUCUAUUCGGGGGUGAAAGGAACAUUUAUCGACCCUCUUGCCUGGGCCAAGGGUUUCGGACUUCCUACAGCAACUCCAGAGAAUGUAGUGCUUUUCCCUAGCGCGACAGGCCGAAACCUCGGCGCCGGCAUUUUUGUCUGGGCCAUGAUUCUCCUUCGCGAGAGAAAGGUCUUGGGCAUUUUCUUGAUGUGCUGGUCUUGGGCAGGCGUCGCUGAUACAAAGGUUCUGUACGCACAUCCGAAGGGAACGAAUCGAGCCAUGCAUAUUAGGAACACUGUGCUCGUAUUGGUCCUGGGACCUCUCUUGAUCCAGUCAUCUCGGUCCUGA